AUGGCACUUGACUGCUCACCAAACACAUUCGCGGUGCCGACCCUUCCAGGCGCUAACAUCACCGCUGUUGAUGUCAAUCUUGUUCGGAACUAUAGCGGCACCAGCACUACACAAAGUUACAUUGGACACCCGAUUGUCACGGUCAAUAAUGCUACAUUCUGCAACGUCACUGUUGUUUACGAACACAUCGAUGCAAAUGACACCAUACACGUCGAGACAUGGCUUCCCAUGGACAAUUACAAUGGUCGAAUCCAAGCCUUCGGCGGGGGAAGCUGGGUCGCGGGUCGAUUCUUCGUGACUUACAGCGGCAUGGUGGGAGCCCUCGGCGAGGGAUACGCCACUUCGACAACAGAUGCUGGACUCAUUCCGCAAGCUGAUGGGUCUCCAGACCGCUGGGCACUGAACGCGGACGGUUCGCCUAAUGUGCAUGCAUUGGAGGAUCUUGCGUCGGUUUCACUCCACGAUCAGGCUGUCCUGACGAAAGCGAUAGUCGAAGACUUCUACGGCGAGCCUCCCGCAUAUGCAUACUGGAAUGGCUGCUCCCAGGGCGGCCGACAAGGCAUGAUGCUUGCCCAACGCUACCCAGACGCCUACAACGGGAUUCACGCCUGCGCGCCCGCUAUGAAUUGGAACGAGCUGUUUGCGUUCACUCUGUGGCCGCAGCUCAUUAUGAAGUGGAUCGACUAUUUCCCCAAGUCCUGCGAGCUGGACGCUCUAGUGACGGCGGUCAUCGUGGCUUGCGAUAAGCACGAUGGUGUCCACGACAGCAUCAUUUCCGAUGACUCGGGCUGUGACUUUGACCCGUUGUCUGUGGUCGGACAGGCAUUCUUCUGUAAGGACACAAACACGACAGAGACUAUUACCAAGGAAGCGGCAAAGAUUGCUAAAGCCACAUGGACUGGCCCACGGACCGCCAACGACGAAUUUAUGUGGUACGGAACCAACACGGGGAGUCUGCUUAGUGGUUCAACCACUGGACCGACUCCUGACCUGGGUCCAGCCAUGACGUCCUGUUCCCAAAAUGGGACUUGCGUGGGCGUGCCAAUGGGUCUGGGCGAUGUUUGGCUGAAGUACUUCGUCGAGAACGACGUUGACUGGGACUGGAGAGAGAUGACACAUGCGGAGUUUGACCAUGAUAUUGCCAAGUCUAUCGAGCUGUAUGAUGCCAUCAUUGGCACGAAUAACCCCAACUUGACGAGCUUCUACGAAAUGGGCGGAAAGCUACUCGGAUAUCACGGCAUGAUGGACCAAGUUAUCCCUGUUAAGGGAGCCGAACACUACUACGACACAGUUUCGGAGAUCAUACCGAACGUGGGUGAGUUUUACCGCAUGUUCGAGGUGCCUGGUCUACUGCACUGCAGGGGAGGGAAUGGCGGACAGCCGAGUAACACCUUCGACGCUCUGCGGGCCUGGGUUGAGAACGGCACUGUUCCCGAGUCGCUGCCACACUUGUACACACCGGUUGAAGGUGGCGCUGAGUUUGAGAGGCUCCUGUGUCCGUACCCCCAGAAGGCUGUUCUCAAGAGCUGUGGGAAGGGGGAGGAUAGCCCGAAGGUGACCACCAGGGCGACAGACUACGUUUGUGUUUGA